AUGGAGUCUGUCAAGGUAAUCAUUGUUGGUGGUGGUGCAGCAGGUCUUGCUGCGGCUAAAACAUUAGGUUCAAAUGUUGAUUAUUUACUCAUUGAAGCACAAAAUUAUAUAGGUGGUCGUAUUCGUACAAUUGAUGCAGUUCCGAAUGUUACUGUUGAUUUGGGUGCACAAUUUAUUCAUGGAGAAACAAAUAAUCUUCUUUAUGAAAUUUGUAAAUCAUUGGAUUGUAUUUUACCUGUUACAGAUAUUAAAAGUAAUGAAAUACUUGCUAUAACAUCUGAUCGAACUAUAGUUGAUCCAGAAAUAAUAAGACAAGUUCUAAUUGUAUGGGAAGAAUUACUUGAUGAAGCUCGAUCUAUAUUUGGUGAUACAACAAUACCAAAAAAUUAUCCAUUGUCGGAUUAUCUUCUCGAACAUUUGAAACAACGUUUAUUAUCUGCAAUACCUUCUUUAGACAAUUUAGUUGAUGCAUUUUGUGAUUUUUUCAAUAAAGGUGAACUUAUUGAAAAUGGUUGUUUUAAAUUAUCUGAUUUAAGUUUAGCAGAAUAUGGAUCAUAUGAAUAUCUCAAUGGAUUAUAUGAAAUUGAGUUUAAAAAUGGUGGUUAUCGUCCAUUCAUAUCCUAUAUGAAAUCAUUUAUACCAGAUGAUAAUCGAAUUCGUUUAAAUUCUGAAGUAAUUCGAGUAAAAUAUCUUAAAGAAAAUCAUCAAUUACUUGUUAAUAUUCGACAUCAUGAUAGAACAUCGGAACAACAACAACAAAUAAGUGCAAUAUUAUGUGAUCAUAUCAUAUGGACUAGUUCAUUAGGUUAUUUAAAAGAAAAUUUUUCUUCAAUAUUUGUUGAUGAAAUUGAACUUAUUGAACAAAAACAAGAUGCAAUUAAUAAUCUUGGCUUUGAUGUAAUAAAUAAAGUCAUAAUGAUCUAUGAAAAAUCGUUUUGGCCGGAAAAUGUUGGCGAUAUUAUUCUAUUGCAAGCACAAAAACAAAAGUCGAUUGAAUUUUCUAAUUCAUUGAAAAACUUAUUAAAGACGGAAAAAAUUGAUAUUCAACUAAUAAAUACUAUUAUUGAAGCCAUUCAUCGAUAUGUAGUUUUACCAUCAACAAAUAUUCCUAUUUUAAUCUGUUGGUUUGGUGGUCCAGCUGCUGUUUUAUUAGAAGAUCUUAGUGAAUAUAUUAUUGGUCAAAUUUGUCAUGAAGUUUUAUGUUAUUAUUUGAAUAUAUCUUUCAAAUUAAAUCCACUAAUUCGUGUACUAAAAAGUGAAUGGUAUAAAAACAAAUUUAUUCGUGGAUCUUAUUCAUAUUAUUCGAUAAAAUCAUCGACAAAAGAUGGAGAACAAUUAAGAGCUACUUAUGCACCAGACGGGAUUCCAAGAAUACAAUUUGCUGGUGAAGCAACUAGUGCAAGAGCCUAUUCAACUGUUCAUGGUGCAUUAGAAAGUGGUAUUCGUGAGAGUAAUAUACUUUUGUCAAUAAUGAAUAAAUAA